AAUGAUCUUGCAUCAAAAAUUAUUAAUGUAAAACAAGCCGUGAUGCACACGAACUGUGAAAUGUAUACCGACAUGGGAUGAAGAAAAUGCCUCCCUAAUGGAUGAUAUCCUGAAGGCUAAAUUUGAUCAACAUCCCAAUCUAAAGAACAUUCUCAUCAACACUGGUUCCACCCCACUGGCUCUGGCCAUCAACAAAGAUCUUACUUGGGGUACUGGACUGAGCAGAGCUGUUACAGCUACAACAGCACCCACAAAAUGGCCUGGAAAAAAUCUUCUAGGCAGAUCUCUUCAAAAUUUGAGGGCAAGAUAAUUGCCAUGGCAGAUAAACCAGCGAUCUCGAUCUCAAGUGACCAGCAGAUGAUUGACACUCCACAGAUAUCAAUUCUUCAAUCUUCACACACUCCUAUAUCAACCCAUUCGCUACAAAAUCCUAUCUCCUCAGAUGGACAAAUCCCAUGUACACCAACAUCACCAGUCUUAUUUACAUCUACAUGUAAGUUAACUUCCCCAACAGUACCUAGCCUUUCUACACCUAAAGUCCACCAAAAGUCAGAAGCAGAUAAAAAGCGGAAAGCCAGCAGUUCUCCAAGAGAAUUUAAGGCCACUCCAAAGAGAAACACUGUAAAAAAACAUCAAAAAAUCAAUGAACAUGAAAAUCAAUCUAGUGAUAGUGAAAACUGUCACACUGAUGAUGAUAACAAUGAUGAUAAUGUAAUGGCUGUUGGUUGCAACACAUUGCAUCAUAGUGAUAAAUUAUAA